UGCGCGAGGAACCAAACAAACUGAACAUUUUAAAGAGUAACGCACACGCGCGCGGACACGCAUUUCAAAAAACCGAACGCGUCAGUCACGUUAAAGGAGUCGUAUGUGGACAUUGUCUGGGCGGUGUCAUAAGAAGGAAAAGACAUUUAACUUGAACAGCUCCUGUCUUUGGCAAAAAUGGCUCAUCUUCCAGCACUUUUUAACUACGUGGACAAAAACCAGGACCUUUACGUGAAGCGCCUGGCAGAAUGGGUUGGUGUUCAGAGUGUGUCUGCCUGGCCGGAGAAACGCGGAGAGAUCAAAAAGAUGAUGGAGAUGGCAGCCAAAGACAUUGAGAGGCUGGGGGGGACGGUGGAGCUGGUGGACAUCGGCACACAGAAGCUCCCUUCUGGAGAAGAGAUCCCCCUUCCUCCCAUCGUUCUAGGACAGCUGGGGUCAGACCCGAGCAAGAAGACCGUGUGUAUUUACGGUCACCUUGAUGUGCAACCAGCUCAGAUCGAGGAUGGCUGGGACACGGAGCCCUUCACGCUAGUGGAGAAGGAUGGUAAACUCUAUGGAAGAGGAUCCACUGAUGACAAAGGUCCAGUGUUGGCCUGGUUUAACUGCAUUGAGGCCUAUGAAAAGACCCAGCAGAAGCUUCCCAUCAACAUCAAAUUCUGCUUUGAGGGGAUGGAAGAAUCUGGAUCUGAAGGUCUGGACGACCUGGUGUUUUCCAGAAAAGACUCGUUUUUCAAAGACGUGGAUUACGUCUGCAUUUCUGACAACUACUGGCUGGGCAAAACCAAACCCUGCAUCACCUACGGUCUGAGAGGAAUCUGCUAUUUCUUCAUUGAGGUUAAAUGCUGUGAUAAAGACCUUCACUCAGGUGUUUUUGGUGGUUCGGUUCAUGAGGCGAUGACGGAUCUGAUCUCACUCAUGGGCUCCCUGGUUGACAAAAAGGGAAAGAUUUUAGUUCCUGGGAUAUACAACGACGUGGCUCCUCUGACAGAAGAGGAGAAAAAGCUGUAUGAAAAGAUUGAUUUUGACUUGAUCGAGUACUGCAAAGAUGUUGGAGCUGGGAAGCUGCUGCACGAUACCAAGGAACAAAUCCUAAUGCAUCGCUGGAGGUACCCGUCUCUUUCCCUUCACGGCAUCGAAGGGGCCUUCUCUGAAGCUGGAGCUAAGACCGUUAUACCUCGCAAGGUCAUUGGCAAGUUCUCCAUCCGCGUUGUCCCUGACAUGGACCCUAAAGUUGUGGAGAAGCAGGUGGUCGAUCACGUUGAGAAGACGUUUGCAGAGCUGGGAACACCCAACAAAAUGAAAGUGUACAUGGGCCACGGAGCCAAAGCCUGGGUGUGCGACUUCAACCACCCACACUACAUGGCUGGUAGGAAAGCCAUGAAGACAGUCUUUGGUGUGGAACCAGACCUGACCCGUGAAGGAGGGAGCAUCCCGGUCACCCUGACCUUCCAGGAGGCCACAGGCCGGAACGUCAUGCUGCUCCCUAUAGGAUCCUGUGAUGAUGGUGCUCACUCCCAGAAUGAAAAGCUCAACAGAUCAAACUACAUUCAGGGAACUAAGAUGCUGGCUGCCUACUUCCACGAGGUUUCUCUGCUGGAAUGAACUGAUGUGUAAUCACAAAAAAUCUUCACCAUCAAAGCCAUAAUCAUUUUGGCCCUAUGUAUAUUCCACCUG